GUCAGCAAGUGAGCCAAAGCAGUAUUUAUAUAUCUGCUGUAGAUGCUAUAGUUUAAGCAUCCAUGUAUGUACCUGCCUCGUGCGCGAGCCUCGACCUAAGUCUUCUGAGUCCUGAGACUCUAAGAGUAGUCUAAUUGCGCCAGCGCACCGACGAACGCUCUUCAGUUAGUCGAUAUAUCUUCCUGAGCUACAGGACGCACGGGGCUGCGAGGAGGCAUAGCGCUAAUGAGGAUGAGCGUAGCUAUGCUUUUGGCUGUUUCACUCCUCUUAUUGGCAUCAUAUCCGACCACUACAGACGCGCAGUGUAUUCAGAGCCCUGGAGAGCUUGGGCCGCUGUUAGAUGUGCUGAACGCAGACAUCAAGUAUUGGCGGGACAAGCUGGGCGGUCAGAAGCUGACGCACGAGAACCUGACGCUUUUGAUUGGAAGAAAUGACUAUCGAUGGAACGACAACCCCUGGAACGGCGAGGCGGCGGGUAUGGUGAACUCGGCGUACACAGCCGUCCUGAUCUACAACAACAAGUGGUACUUUCCUUUCCGGGAGUGGGGCUACGACGCCAACUGCACUCGCGGCGACGACUGGUGCUCACACCGCAUGACGCGCACGCAGGAGGCCUUCUACCGGUGGACAGCGGCGGGUGCAAGGUUUCCAAACUCGGUCUUCCUGCUAGACCUGGAGAACGGCGGGUCGUGCCGCGUGGAGGCCGAGUGCCCAGCACCGGUAUUCUCCAUCUUCGAUGUCAUGAAGGAACCCGAGAACUUUCCCAAUUUUGAGUUCCGCAUACAACACGGCAAAGGCGCCAUCAUGGUUCCGGACAUGACGCACUCCGCCACGACCAAGCUCGUGACACGUCCAUGGAACGAGAAGGCUCGCAAGGCCAUCUUCCGAGGCAGCCUGCACUGCCCUAUCAUCUUUGUCAACCGCGUGUGCCCUUGCUCUCGAGUGCAUUUCGUGGAUAUGGUGAAGAAGCCCAAGCCCGAGCACGGAGACGCGCCGCAGUUUGUCGACGCAGACGGCUGGGACGAGCACGACGCGCACGCCGACGACAUUCGCAUACCAGACUGGCCACAGGAGUACAGCAAGUAUAUGUUCACGCUGGCACUGGAUGGACAGUCCGGAAACAUGAAAAUGGAGUGGCUCCUGCACAUCAACUCGGUGAUCCUCAAGGAGCACAGCCCAGUGGUCGAGUUCUUUGAGCGUGUGAUCAAGCCCAAUGAGCACUACGUGCCCAUCCUGCUCAACAACUCCUAUGAUGCGCUCGAUUUGAUUAAGACCAUGCCCGAGUCAGACAUGCAGCGCAUCGCAAACAAUGCGCAGCAGUUUGCGCAGCGUUACCUGUGCGACGACGCCAAGAGGUUCUACUUCCAGCGCGCCAUUGAGGAGUACAACUCGCUGUUUGCGGACAUGGAGGGCUACAUCACAGACGUGGUCCUACCGCUGAUGUCCGUGAAGGAGCAUCUGGGGCUGGGCCACCACUACCAGAACCUGCCCAAGCCGGACAAGUUCGAGCCGUAGUGCGGGGUCAGCCUGGCGGGUAACGCAAGCAUAGCGCACGUCACACCGUUGCUGUGCCAGCGGACUUACUAUGAUGGUAUGUUCAAAGUAGUACUGGUUACAGCAGUGCAGCUAUUCAUUCUCCACUGCAGGGCCUGUGAGGGCCAAUCCUGAUAUCGUGGCAUGCUGCGGUAGCUCCUAGAGGCGUAGCCAGGUGCAUGCAAGGGGCGUAGAGGUUACUCAAAUGAGUGAGGCAAAGCAGGGUGCCGCCGCUGAGUUGCUCUAUGUGGCAAAAUAUUCUGGGUGCUCACUUGUCGCGCUUGGUUGCCUGGCCGAGCCACACCCACGCACGACUUCCACACAAUGCUGGUGCACAUAACGUAAGCAUACACACUUCUUAGAGCAGCAGCAAGGCACAGCAGAUGCAUGGGGGCGUGUUGCGUCUAUGUGUGGCAGAAUGCUACUCAGUUGUAUAAUGUGAUGAAUACAGGCCACGGCCUUCCAGUCUUCCACUCAACGCAUCCCUA